AUGCUCAAAUGUAGAACCGCGUGGAGAAAGCUUGCUCCUCUUGCCAGAGCCUCUUCAACAUUGUGUCGGCAGAAUGUGAGAAGGACAGGUUUGCACAAUGGCAGAAUACCCGCAGCUCACAUGGCAACGGGGCCAACGGGGGGCGGCAGGGAAAACCAGGUGUACGCCCUCCUGGUUGGGGUGACCUGUCUUGGUGGAGCCAUAUACGCGUACAGAACUGUUAAAGGAGACAAGCGAAGAUAUCUGGAACGUAUUGAAGAAAUCUCAUCUCGACCACAUAAACGCACCGAAGAAGCAACCGCUAGCGUCCACGUAGAAGCUACUGCUGUUCCAGAGUCCGAACCUGAAGUCGCACCUUCGUCAGAAGAACCGAGCCCUCCCGUGCCUGAUGUUGAGACCGCAGCUUCGAGCGAGACAACCGAAGCUCUACAAGAACCCUCCCCUCCGUCUGAGCCCGGCCCAGCCGAACAAACCGAACCGAUCCCGCCGCCUGUCGCGGAGAGCGAACCCGCGCUAGCCGAAAGCCCCGCUCCGGAACCGUCUGAGCCGCAAGCCGAAGUUGCGGCCGAGAGCGCUGCAGGACUGGUCCCUGCACAGCCCUCGCCCAUGCUCCCGUCACACGUGCCGUACCUCCUCAUUGGCGGAGGGACCGCCUCCUUCGCCGCUGCCCGCUCAAUUCGAGCCAGAGACCCCGGCGCCCGCGUUUUGAUUGUGACGGAUGAGCCGGACCUCCCCUACAUGAGACCGCCUCUGUCCAAAGAACUGUGGUUCUCAGAUGACCCCGCGGUGACAGAUACACUACGCUUUAAGCAGUGGAACGGAAAAGAACGAAGCAUUUACUUCCAGCCAUCAUCGUUCUAUAUUCCUCCAGAGGAACUGAGUAAUGCGGAAAAUGGGGGAGUGGCCGUGCUUACUGGGAAAAAGGUGGUCCACAUGGACGUGAGGGGAAACAAAGUCAAACUAGACGACGACACAGAGGUUUCCUACGACAAGUGCUUGAUUGCCACUGGUGGCGUUCCGAGAAAUUUGCAAGUCAUCGACCGAGCAGAAGAGGAGGUGAAGAAGAGGACAACUUUAUUCCGUAAGAUUGAAGACUUCAGAUCCUUGGAUAAAGUCUCCAGGAACAUUAAGUCCAUCACCGUCAUUGGAGGCGGCUUCUUGGGCAGCGAGCUAGCCUGCGCCCUUGGCAGGAGAUCUCAGGAUUCCGGUCUGGAGGUGAUUCAGAUGUUCCCCGAGAGAGGCAACAUGGGAAAAGUUCUUCCGGAGUAUCUCAGCAACUGGACCACGGACAAAGUUAAAAAAGAGGGUGUAAAAGUCAUCUCAGAAGCUCUAGUCAAAUCUGUGACCUGCAAAGACGAUCAGUUAGAAAUAAAACUAAAGGACGGUCGAUCGGUAAAAACGGAUCACAUCGUCGCCGCCGUCGGCCUGGAGCCCAACGUUGACCUGGCCAAGUCGGCCGGCCUGGAGGUGGACUCGGACUUUGGUGGCUAUCGAGUCAAUGCGGAGCUGCAAGCUCGCUCCAACAUUUGGGUGGCGGGAGAUGCCGCGUGCUUCUACGACAUCAGGCUGGGCCGUAGACGAGUGGAGCAUCACGAUCACGCUGUUGUCAGUGGCAGACUGGCGGGGGAGAACAUGACGGGAGCCAACAAACCUUAUUGGCAUCAGUCCAUGUUCUGGAGCGACUUGGGUCCCGACGUAGGAUACGAAGCCAUCGGGAUUGUGGAUAGCAGUUUGCCCACCGUCGGGGUCUUUGCCAAAGCCACAGCCAAGGAUACACCAAAAGCUGCCACGGAGGAGUCUGGAACCGGUAUCCGCUCCGAGAGUGAAACGGAGGACGUGGCGUCAAACGCCGUGGCCUCCUCUGCCCCCGCGCCAGCCGUCACGCAGAAAGACGACUUCGGGAAAGGAGUCAUCUUCUACCUUCGAGACAAAGUGGUGGUGGGCAUCAUCCUGUGGAACGUCUUCAACCGAAUGCCCAUCGCGAGAAAGAUCAUCAAGGACGGUGAGGAACACGCAGACCUGAAUGAAGUCGCCAAGCUGUUUAACAUCCACGAGGAUUAG